GCAUACGUCGAAUGGUUCUCGGCUUUCACUGCGGAACCAGACCGUAACUCGGGGAUGUACAGGGUUGUCCGCUCAAUUCAGAAUGGGGAACGCUUGGCGAGUAUUAUACCAGUUUCUCAGAUUGAACGUAGUGUACAUCUCUUGCCUAAGUUUGGUCCUGUCGUCCCUCGGGACUGGACAAGCAGCACUGUCUUAGAUUUGGCGGCAGCAUUCUUUGUAAACCCAUUCCUAGACCGGCACACGUUUGCUACAUUUGUCUAA